AUGUCCGCAGAAGAGCAUUCUGAAGAGCACUUCAAGCAGCACUACAGCGAUUCGUAUUUGCAAGCUAAAAGCCGAUUUGAGAAUCUUGAGCGCAAGUUUAGUCGAAAUCCAAAGGUUAAGGAGCAAUACGUGCCUAGCUCGCAAUUACAUGAGUGUAAAUACUUCUUGCCGCACCAUUGCGUAUUGAAAGAGGAGAGUUCUUCCACAAAGUUAAGGGUCGUGUUCAAUGGCUCAGCAGUGACGUCGUCUAGAUUCUCGUUAAAUGCGCUCCUAAUGUCAGGGCCCACAAUUCAGGCGAAGCUUUUCACCACUCUAGUGCGUUUUCGUACAUUUCCUAUUGGAACUACCGGAGACGUUUGUAAGAUGUACCGAUGUGCGCGCGUGCAAGAGCCAGUUUCUCUGUUACAGUGCAUCUUGUGGCGUGAUUCACCCAAAGAUGACAUCCUAGUUUGUAAGCUGGACACGGUCACGUAUGGCACCAAGCCUGCUUCAUUUUUGGCCAUUCGUGCAAUGCAACAACUCGCCAUGGAUGGGUCUUCGUCGUAUCCAUUGGGCUCGAAAGUCGUUUUGCGGGAUUUCAAACCCUUUUAA